GAGUGAUAAUUUUUUCAUAAUGUCAAAACAAAAUAAUGUCCAAAGAACAUCAACUGUAGCUUCGUUUUUCAUUUUGGCUAUUGCAUCUGGCUACUAUGUGUUGCCAUUAAUUCAAAAGAGCUUACAAUUUAAUGGAAUAUUUUUAUUAUUAACUAUCAGUUUUUUCCAAUCUAUUAUAGGAAUAUUGAGAUAUGUUAUGGCACAAGAUCUACAACUUAUUGAAAGCGCUUAUACGGUGAUAUCAAAGCUCCGGCAAUAUUGUAUUUUACCUUUGUUCGUCUAUCAAUUAUGCUUGAUGUAUUCAAUAUCUCCAGAAAUCACAAAUGCACAUUUAAUUGGUAUUUUAAUUGCUUUUGUAGUGGGAUUAGCUGCAUCAAGGUUUGAUCGUGAUCUACUUAAAAUAUUUCUUUUUAUUUACUUAUGUUCGUUGGUCUAUCUGUGCUAUUUAAAUUCAAAUUAUUAUGGCUUAAAUGCUGGUUUAACAUUUGCUUUCGCGCACUUUGUUAUUACAGAUCGUUAUACAUACCUCGAUUUUCCAGCUAUUGAUUUUUAUAACUAUUGUAUAUGCUUUUACUUAUUAUUUUGCUGGAAAGCGAUAAAUGACUGA